AUGCAGAGGAUUGUCGACAACGCUCUCGCUGUCACCAAAGAGUCAGUGAAAACUUUGACUUAUGAGUCAUUGAACAACAUUGCAAGAUCCAUAAAUGGAGUCUCUGCACUUCUAUUGACUCUUCUCCCUGGCAAAGCCAGUGUUCUUGAAGGUCUUCAUGGUUGGGAACUAAGGCCUACUUUACGUGGUCCUCGUUUACCACGCUGGAUGCAUAAUGGCGUCUCUUCUUUCAACCACUUCAUUCACGAGCUCUCUGUGGAUUCUGACACUUCUAGCCUGGACUACUCAUCUGGAGAAGACAGUGAUGCUAUGUCAACACCUCCGUCGCCGUCAUCUCAAACCUCACUCCGCUCUUGGGCUAGUCUUCCUGCUAAUUACGAAAGCCAUUGGACAGAAUGGAUAACUUCCAUACUCUGGUGGGUUUUGCUACCCUCCAGGAUCUUUCUAUGGAUACCGUUGUAUCUCUUGCGCCUUUUUAGCAGAAGAGAUUCAAGAGUGUCUCCUAUGAGUCCAGGAAGGUACCGACAUUCUCCUAGACCUUACUUUAGCAAAGCUGUCCCAGGGAAAGAGCAUGACGUCCCUAACCGAACUACUGAUAGAAGACGUGGUGUCAUUGAGGAUCUUCAGCUUGGUAUUGAGAUCUUUAUAGAUGCUAUAUUUGAUUUCUUUCACAAGGCGGCGCAUCUUCUUCUUUCUCCAUCAGAAGCCUUUGGAAUAGUUUUAUCAUGGUUUUCUUCCUCCAGUCACAGUCACGGCCCUGAAGGAGGCUAUUACGAUGUUUUGGAUGAUGAAACUGUAGGAGACGACGAUUCUUCAUCCCCUACGGAAAGAACCACUACGAGCUUGUACAAUACAGAUACUCGGACUUGUCAAGAUGUUAUAACAGAGCUUGGGUAUCCAUAUGAAGCUAUUCGCGUUGUUACAUCUGAUGGAUAUGGUCUUCUCUUGGAAAGGAUACCAAGACGAGACGCGAGGAAAGCUGUUUUCUUGCAGCAUGGUGUUUUGGAUUCUUCAAUGGGAUGGGUAUCAAAUGGAGUUGUUGGAUCUCCUGCUUUUGCUGCUUAUGAUCAAGGCUACGAUGUUUACUUAGGGAACUUCCGUGGUUUAGUUUCAAGAGAUCAUGUGAACAAAAACAUAUCCUCAAAAGACUUCUGGAGCUACUCCAUCAAUGAGCAUGCAAGAGAGGACAUCCCCGCAAUGAUAGAGAAGAUUCACGAAAUCAAAACCUCAGAACUGAGACUCUACCAGCCUAAUGUAGAAGAGGUAGUAAACGAGGAGCAGCCUUAUAAGCUCUGCGUUCUCUCUCACAGUCUAGGUGGUGCUGCUGUUCUAAUGUAUGUAAUCACCAGUAGAAUCGAAGAGAAACCUCACAGACUCUCGAGACUGAUCCUGCUUUCUCCAGCUGGGUUUCACGAAGACUCCAACCUUUGUUUUACGUUAAUAGAGCACUCAUUCCUUCUCUUGGGUCCAGUACUAUCCAGGAUCGUUCCUGCUUUCUACAUCCCCACUAGAUUCUUCCGGAUGCUUCUCAACAAGUUAGCUAGAGACUUCCACAACUAUCCUGCUGUUGGUGGAUUGGUCCAGACGUUGAUGAGUUACGUAGUUGGUGGUGAUAGCUCGAACUGGCUUGGAGUCAUGGGUUUGCCUCACUAUAACAUGAACGAUAUGCCGGCUGUAUCCUUCCGUGUGGCUCUGCAUCUUGCUCAGAUGAAACGUAGCAGCAAGUUCAAAAUGUUUGAUUAUGGUAGCGUUAAGGCUAAUAUGGAGGUUUACGGGUCUCCUGAGCCGCUGGAUCUUGGAGAGUUCUACGGGUUGAUUGAUGUCCCUGUGGAUUUAGUAGCCGGAAAGAAAGAUAAAGUGAUUAGACCUUCUAUGGUUAGGAAACAUUACAGGGUGAUGAGAGAAACAGGUGUUGUUGAUGCUUCUUACAAUGAGUUUGAGUAUGCUCAUUUGGAUUUUACAUUCUCUCACCGUGAAGAGCUUUUGGCUUAUGUGAUGUCGAGGUUGCUGCUCGUGGAGCCGACACAGACUCAGCCGGUUCAUAAGAAGGGGAUGAAGCUAAAGAAGAAAAUGUAA